GCUGUUGUUGUUUAUGCGAUAAAGAAACUCUUUUCUUGCAUGGCAGUACAAUGUCUUGUCUAGUGUUGAUUCGUCAGAUUUAACACGGCAAAGGAUUUGUGGAUAAACUUUGAUUGAAAACAAGUAUUUGGAUUCGGAGUGGUUUAGGUAUGAACCAUCAUCGGCCGAACGUGGUAUCGCGGGGUGUGAACAGUGCCAGUGCGGCUGAUGAUGAUGACAGUCUUGAGGACCAAGCCGAAUCCAACAAAAUAAAGGAGGACGGGAACAACGAGAAGCCACCCUAUUCGUACGUAGCCCUGAUUGCGAUGGCGAUAAAAGAAAGUCCGGAGAGGCGCCUUACGUUAAGCCAAAUUUACGAAUUUAUUAUUGAACGGUUUCCGUAUUAUGAGAAGAAUAAAAAGGGCUGGCAGAACUCGAUACGUCAUAACUUAAGCUUAAACGAAUGUUUUAUAAAGAUACCGCGACAGGGAAGCGGUGAACGAAAGGGUAACUUUUGGACCCUUGACCCGUCAUGUGACGAAAUGUUCGAAAACGGUAAUUACCGCCGUCGGCGUUGUAUGCAUCGUCCCAGUCGCCAUAACCACCAAUACGGGCAAUCGUCGGAUCAACGCACACCUUUUCAUUACCUUAAUGACUAUAGUUAUAGCCCAUACAAUCAGGUGUACCCUACUUCACUUUCGUCAUCAUCUUACCAUGGUACCGACUGGAGUACAAGCUUUCAACCGCAACCUUCUUCCUUGCAAAUUGGAUACGUUGGAUCGUCAUGCCAGAUGCCGGGGCAGCCUGCAGGCCGAGAUCAAGGUUACGAGUUAGUAAAUGCAUUUCCGUCCUACCACACCACAUCUUCCAACCACUUUAUACGUAACUAUGACGACGAGACCGGUGCCGCCCAGCGAUCAGUCCCACUGCCGCAUCAAGCAAGCGGUGUAUCGGCUUACUACCAGCACUGUCGACCUCGCAGUUAUAGCAAUUGUGAUUCAAAUGUGUCGCCAUUCUCCAUAGCGAAGCCGAUGCCUGACUAUGCGUCAGUGAUGCAUCAACCAGAAAAGAACGGUAUUGUCCACGCGUCACUCAGUAGCGGUAGUCAGAAGAAUACAAAUCAUGAUGCUGCCCAAUGGGACGGACAUUAACUCGUGAUUACGGAUUUUUUGUAAAGCACAUACCGGUACACAUCUUUAUUAUUCGUCUUGGCCCCGAAACCUACAGUCAGAAAUACCGGGGUCGUGUCCGGCGGGGGAUAGUUUUUCACCUUAGUUAGGGCAUUAUGUAAAGCGCCUAAAGAGAUCUGUGACGGUAUACAUGCAGUAUUAUUAGUACAGUA